AUGAAGUUUGCCAAAGAACUCGAGCAGGAGGCUGUGCCAGAAUGGCGUGUCAAGUACCUAAACUACAAGCUUGGGAAGAAGCUCAUCAAGUCGGUGACGAGGGCUAUCCAGCGUGCAAGCACCACACCGACUCUCGCGAGGCGACCCGAUUCGCAGCAUCCAUUACAUGCGACGCCUGGAGCCCUCUUCCACCACCUACAUCAUAAACGAACAGCAACCCGUAAUCGUUGGUCUGAUGCCACUCCAGGCCCUCACGAAGACUCGCCUGGUACCGAUUACUUCCCGGGCGGCGGCCCCGAGCUCGCCCGCGCGCCGACCAAGAACAGCAGAAACAGCAGAAGCAGCAUCGAAUUACGAGGGGCAGGGGAGCGAUCUAGUUUGACAAGGUCGCCUGACAGCGGGAUUCGAUAUGGAAGCAUUGUCCCCCCUUCGCGCUCGAGCGAUCGAACCGAGUUCGAACUUCCCGCUCCGGCCAUGAAGAUAGCCUCGAGGACAGGCGGUCGCCGUGACUCGAUCCCGACUACCCCGACUUCUCCGGUCUCUAACCGUUUCGGACCACGACGCAGCAGGUCCAUGAUGGUAGGUGCCGCUCACGCUGGCCAGUCUAGUGCAACAGAGUCCUCCGUCGAUGUGCCACCAAGCGCAAGCAUUGCUCAACGUCCUACCCAUCGUCUUACCCGACUCCUCUCCACUAGCUCUCAUCUUUCUCGCACAAUGUCAAACAAGGACGAGAUAGGACUGCAGAAUCUGGAUACCGUCCGUACUGCCGAGGUCGAGUUCUUUUCUUUCCUCGACAAUGAACUAGACAAGAUCGAAACAUUCUACAAGCAAAAGGAAGAUCAGGCCACCAAGCGCCUAUCUGCUUUGCGCGAGCAACUCCACGAAAUGCGAAACAGACGAACGACUGAGAUUUCGGAUGCCAAGCAGAGAAAAGAGAUGGAAGGCAGUGGUGGCAGCAGGAGUCACUCGGACGACGAAGGAGCUGGCAAUGGCAAAGACAAUGGUGUGGGUUGGAUAGCGCCCAUCAGAACCAAGUUCAUGAAGCCUGGGCCAAACUCGAAAGCGCUGCAAAAGAUGACCGGAACACCCGUCAUGGCGCCGCAGAAGCCGGAAGAAGGCCGCGACUAUGUCAGGAGACCGCCAAACAAAGACGACGUGCCAUACCGUGUGGCGAAGCGGAAGCUCAAGCUCGCCCUGCAGGAGUUCUACCGUGGUCUCGAGCUUCUCAAGUCGUAUGCCCUCCUGAACAGAACUGCGUUCCGUAAGCUUAACAAGAAGUACGACAAGGCGGUUAACGCCCGCCCGACUUACCGCUACAUGAACGAGAAAGUCAACAAGACUUGGUUCGUCAACAGCGACAUUCUCGACGGCCACAUUCGCACGGUCGAAGACUUGUACGCUAGAUACUUCGAGAAGGGCAACCACAAGCUGGCUGCAGGAAAACUCCGAAACAUUCUCAGACGCCCCGGAGACGCUUCGGACAGUGCUUUCCGCAGCGGACUGCUUAUUGGCUUUGGCGCCGUCUUUGCCGUUCAAGGUCUGAUUUAUGGCGCAGAGCUACUGUUCCAGGACGAUCACGUCCUCAAGGAAAACACGAGUUAUUUGCUGCAGCUGUACGGAGGCUACUUCUUGAUGAUCAUGCUCUUCACACUGUUCACAUUGGCUUGUCGAAUAUGGACCAAGAACAAGGUUAACUACCCGUUCAUCUUCGAGUUUGACACGAGGCACAACCUGGAGUGGAAGCAGCUGGCCGAGUUUCCAGCCUUCUUCUUUGCGCUUCUUGGCGUGUUCAUAUGGAUCAACUUCUCGAGGUUUGGCGACUGGGAGGAAAUGUAUCUGUACUAUCCUGUCAUUUUGAUAGGCGUGUCGCUGCUGAUAUUGUUCUUCCCGGCACCAAUAUUCUAUCACAGAGCUAGAAGAUGGUUCUUGUAUUCACAUUAUCGCUUGCUGCUGGCGGGCUUGUAUCCUGUCGAGUUUCGAGAUUUCUUCCUCGGCGAUAUCUGGUGCUCUUUGACAUACGCUUCUAGUAACAUUGCUCUGUUCUUCUGCCUGUACGCCAAUGAGUGGGAUCAACCGAGUAUGUGUAACUCUAGUCACUCGCGGGUUCUCGGCUUCUUCAACGCCUUGCCCCCAAUUUGGCGUGCUCUGCAGUGUAUCAGGCGUUACUACGACACGAAGAACGUGUUUCCUCAUCUUGUCAACUGCGGAAAGUAUAUGUGUACCAUCAUUACCGCUGUCUUGCUCAGCUUGUAUCGCCUCAACGGAUCGAAACCUAACUUGGCUGUCUACAUCACAUUUGCGUGCAUCAACGCCUGUUAUACUUCGGUCUGGGAUCUAUUCAUGGAUUUCUCACUCCUCCAGAAACACGUCCGCCACCCCUUCCUUCGAGACAUUACCGCACUCAAGUCCAAAUGGAUCUACUAUGCCAUCAUGAUUGUCGACCCCAUCCUCCGCUUCAACUGGAUUUUUUACGCCAUCUUCACCCAUAAUACUCAGCACAGCACGAUCGUAUCCUUCUUCGUCGCCUUUGCCGAAGUCAUCCGUCGUGGCCUUUGGCUUAUCCUCCGUGUCGAGAACGAGCAUUGCGCCAACGUGUCGCAGUACAAGGCCUCGCGCGAUACUCCUCUCCCCUACCAGCUCGAUCAGUUCAUCGAGCGUCCCAGCCAGGAGACACCUGCCGAAGAAGCGGCCGUCGAAACCGGCACCACUACCGGCGCUGCUGCUGCUGCUGCUGCCCAACGGGAUCGCAGAGGCACCAUCUCCUCCAUGGCCGCCAGCAUCCGCGAGCGCAUUCGCGGCUCCGUCGUCGCUGGAGCUACCGCUCCUUGGACUGCUUCCACACCCACCGCCGCUGGCCGCGAAGAGGAAGGGGCUGCCAGCCCCCGCCAAGGCUCAGUCACCUCUCCCGCCGGUGCUGCCACGCCCGGUGCUGCCAACGCUACGCCCGGUGCGACGGGCACCGGAACCGGUUUCAACCUUAACGGCGGAGGCACCUUCCGCCGCCGUCACAACGAGUCGAUGGGCAAGAAGUCAAUUCUCAAGGUCAUGGCCGAAGCGCACAAGCAAGAUUUCGAGAAGAGACGGCCGCCUGAGGCAGUGCGGGAGCAAGGGCUGGGACGAAGAGGAAGCAGUAGUCUUCACGAUGAAGACGAUGAGGAGGAGGAAGAUGAUGAUGAUCCUGAUUUGCGGAGUGAGGUGGAGGAUGAGGAUGAGGAUGAGGACGAUGAUGAUUCGGAUCGGAGAAGCGUGCAGGAGGAUCGGAUGGAGGCUAGGGAGGCGGAGACUUUGGUGAAGAGGGCAAGGGGGGAGCCGGAUGAUUCUGUUAGUGAGUAA